UAAAAUAACCGCAAUUCCGCCACAUCACCGAUGUCGGCCGAAAUUUCUCCAGCCGUAGCAAGCAAAGGUAAAUCCUCCCGGUCUAUUGUGGCCAGACCCGCCCCCGGUCUCUCCAGGCAGCCGGGCGUCCACGGAGGGGGUCUAAGAAACCAGUCCAUAGCAACGGUCCGCCAGCGGCUGCUGCUCUCUUCUCCCGUUCUUUUCCCCGAUGGGGAAAGGUGCGCUUCCCCGCCUGCUUGACCCUCGAUGUCGGAAGCUCUCAAAUAAUUGACGUAAAACAUUCGUUGUUGGUUCCGACGGUCUAUUGGGUCGCUCUCCGCUUCCCAGAAUUUGGUUUGCGAGCUGUGGUAAGGAGUCAAGUAGGCUGGCAUAAUGGCUGCAAGAACUGUCAGAAAACAGCUCAAUUGUGGUGAUAUUGAUGAAAGGAAAAAUGAAAGUAUGGACAAAUCAGAAGCGGAUGCCCUAAGACAACCUCUUCUGGCAGAACACGAUAAUGAUGAGAGCUACACUGAGGGGGGAGAUAGCUGCAGAGGCCAGCAAGACUUCUGGGAUGACAAGAAGCAGGAGUGCCUCCAAUGGGCAUAUCAUAUGUCACACUUCAUUGCUCAAUCGGCAAGGAGGAUUGCAAAUAUCUUCAUUGGAUUUGGAUCAUUCUUACGGAGGCUUUUCUGUCAUUCUUCAAUCAGUCAAAAUAGGCACAAUGAGAAAAAUGUUCCUAUAUAUCUUAGUCCUUUACAGGAAGAAAGAUUAAAAAAUUUAAGGCAGAGGUUGGAGAUCCCAUUUGAUAUCUCCCGAGUAGAUCAUCAGGAUGCCCUGAAACAACUUUGGCGGUUGGCUUAUCCUAAUCGCGAAAUUCCUCCUCUUAAAUCAGAUUUAUGGAAGGAGAUGGGCUGGCAGGGUUCUGACCCAUCAACAGAUGUCAGGGGCGGUGGAUUUAUAUCACUGGAGAACCUAAUCUAUUUUGCGAAAAACUACCCGGAUUCGUUCCAUAAACUGCUACACAAACAAAACGGAACAAGAGCUGUAUGGGAGUAUCCAUUUGCUAUAGCUGGAAUCAAUAUAUCCUUUACGCUGGUACAAAUGCUAGAGCUGCAGUCAGACGAACUAACUUCCAGAGUUGGAGCUCGCUUUCUGGAACUGCUUGGAGAAGAUGAGAUGGCAUUUGAUAAUCUUUACUGUGUCGCCUUUCAGAUGCUGGAUGCACAGUGGCUGGCAAGACGAGCUACUUACAUGGAAUUUAAUGAGGUUCUGAAGUCCACAAGAACACAAUUAGAGCAAGAGAUUGUGCUGGAGCAUAUCUCCAGCAUUCAAGACUUGCCUGCAUACAAAAUAUUAAGUAGGUAGAGUUUUCAUCUUUGGAAACUGUUAUUGGUUCUUUAUAUUUUCUGGUGAUCUUGUAUUUGUAAAAUUGAUUGAUGUUGUAUUUACAUAAAUAUACCAUACAUCAACAACAAUUGCCUAAUGACUUACUUUUCUCCCUCUCUGUGUAUAUUGACAACAGAUAAAGGAUCUUAACUUUGAAUCUCUAUGAGCUUCAAUAAAAAAA